CUCCCGAGUCCCUUUGUUCCCUCCCCAUUCACCGAAUGACUUGAGCCACCACCUCAUUUCUUCGGGUCCGAGGUCGCCGGGACCUCGGCCAGCCUCCCGCGCUUGGGACGUGAAGCUCGCGCAGAGCUAGCGCGUCGGCGUGGUUACCGCCGGCAGCACCGCACCUCCUUCCGGCCGACCCGCCUCCCGGUACUGUGGUCGGGUCUCUGGUCACCCCGCUCUCUCCCUCCCUGGUUCCUUGAAGAUCUUGAAUGCCACCUUUUGUUGAACAUCUCGAAUAGCAUCCGGUUCUAGAAAGAUGGCUAGAGGGGAGAAGGCUAGUGUUUUGAAGUUUUUUUCUAUACACCCGGUAAAAUCAAAAGUAGCAGAGCCUUACUUCAGAUUUAUGGACAAGAAGUUAUCAUUGAAAUUAAAUGGUGGCAGACAUGUCCAAGGAAUAUUGCGGGGAUUUGAUCCCUUUAUGAAUCUUGUGAUAGAUGAAUGUGUGGAGAUGGCGACUAGUGGACAACAGAACAAUAUUGGAAUGGUGGUAAUACGAGGAAAUAGUAUCAUCAUGUUAGAAGCCUUGGAACGAGUAUAAUGGCUGUUCAGCGGAGAAACCCACGUCCUCUCUCCAUAGGGCCUGUUUUACUAUGAUGUAAAAAUUAGGUCAUGUACAUUUUCCUAUUAGACUUUUUGUUAAAUAAACUUUUGUAACAGUCAGAAAUGUUUCUCAGAUGUUCUGAAUAUAGAAUAUUUGCUCUCAUUCCAUUUUUUCUGACAUGAAUUUUCCUGGUUGACACUGAUUUAAAAGGGUUUUAUGCAUUAAAGUGGAUGAAUGUUGUUAAAUGUGAAACAUGGCAAGGA